AUGGCGAGGAAGAUAAGCAAGGAGGAAGUUGUAGAGAAGCUCAAAGACGACGGAGAUUUUGACCGUCUCCGCCUCAAAAUCAUACGCCGCCUCAAGGAAAACGAGGAAUUACGAAAGAACAUGAUAUCAGUUGUCAAGGAGUCCACAGCUCUGAAGCGACAUGGUGCUCAAAAUAUGAAAACCAGACAACUCUCUGAUGCUAUAUUCCAAGAAGUCGGGAGCAAGAUGCUGAGCCAGCUCUCAGAUGGGUUGUGGGGGAUAAUAAGAUCAGAGGAUGGGAUGAAGAAUGAAAUCAGAGAAACCGUCCAAUCCGUCUACGAUACAUUAUCAAACCCUGGAGGCGUUCAAGUCGGAUCAUCCACCAGAGAAGCAGAACGUAACAUCUCACCAACACUGGUCUCAAAAGGUGAAACAUCAUCUUGUCCCCAAAUAGAAGCGAGUAAACAGAAGCAAGAGCUGAUUCAAAGAGCUGUAGAAGGAAACAGAGGAGAAGCAUGUAGUAGUAGUAAUUACAUUGACAACAACAAUGAUGAAGAAGAUCCUGAACUCCCUCCUGGCUUUGGCUAA